AUGCCACCCUUAUCAAAACAACAAGUUUACUUAAAAAAACAUAACCAAAAUGUACAUAAAGUUGUAACUUUAUUAGAAACAGAAAGUACUGAUAGUGAUGAGAAUUCAGUACUUUGGUAUACAAAAGAGUUGGAUAAUAAUAAAAUUCUUCUCGAACUUAAAGAAGAUAUAAAGUAG